GCCAUGGGACAAGGCUGUCCCGCCCCUCCAGGAGCAGCAUAAAAGCCGGCCCACAGCCUCUCUCCCUCACACACUUCUCCUCACGCCUUCUCCUCCUGCUGACAACCAGGACCCUCCACACCACACCCAUGGCCUGCAACAACAUCUGCCGUCCCUGUGGACCCACCCCGCUGGCCAACAGCUGCAAUGAGCCCUGUGCCCUGCAAUGCCAGGACUCUCGCGUCAUCAUCGACCCUUCCCCUGUGCUGGUCACCCUGCCAGGACCCAUCAUGACCUCCUUCCCCCAGAACACCGCCGUUGGAUCCACCUCCUCGGCUGCCGUGGGCACUGAACUCAGUGUGCAGGGACAGCCCAUCUCUGGUGGAUUUGGUGGCUUUGGCGGCUUUGGCUAUGGCCUUGGCUAUGGCCGUGGGUUUGGCUACGGGCUGGGCUGUGGCUAUGGGCUGGGAGGCCUGGGCUGCUAUGGCAGAAGGGGUGGUUACAACUGCUAAGGGCCCUUGGCAGCAACCCUGACACCAACCCCCAGCUCCCUGGAACACAUCUCAGGCAUUGAGGACACCUCUCUAGUCCAAGGCUCUCAGAUGGACUCAGAGCUUCCAGCUCCUGCUCUUAGGGCAUCAAGCAAGGCAGUAGCCAAUAGGCCAACCUGGGCCGCCAGCCAACAUGGCCCAUCUGCCUCCUGCUCUUUUCCCACUCUCUGCUCCGCAUUGCCCCUUUAGCUCUGUUCAAUCCCCUCUACUGCAAACCCGUUCUCUUAAUCCAGGGACCCUUGGGCAGCUGCACUGUGCUUCUUCCAGUGUGCAGCAGGAAGUCCUUGGUGGUCUGGCCAAAUGUAGACCAUUCAGAGCUACUCUGCUGAUGGUGACCCUUACUGCACUUCAGACCUGAUCCCUUUCCCUGGCUGGUCCUGGUUUUUCACUGUUUUGUUUCAAUAAA